GAAAAAACUCCAGAUGUUUCCACCACCUGGCUUGUCCCUCCGUCUCCCUCCUCUCCUUGCCUCCAACCCACUCGCGCACCACCUCUGCCGUCGCCCGCUUCCGCAGCACGUCAGGCGUCGCCCCUCAUCACCCCUUCUCCUUUCCUCCUUCAGUCUUCCGUUUGCGUCACGCUUCGCAGCGAGUGAAUCCGCAACAAUGGCCGGCCUCAGCCCCCAAAUCACGAACCUCGUCAUCAUCCUGGGCAUGAUGCAGGUGUCGAAGCGCAUCCCCUUUGACGACCCAACUGUCCUUAAUGGCGUCCGCGGCCUUUACAUUGCCAGCAAUGUCAUCAUCGCACUCAUAUAUCUCUACAUUCAGUCGUCCAUCAACAAGAAGAAGGACAUGACGACGCUCAAGUACGUUGAGCCCCCGCCAAUGGGCUCCACCGAGGAGGGCAAGCUCGUCACCACCACGGUCCACGCCUACGACAUCCAGCAGCUGCGCACCGCCUUCCGCGGCCAGGCCAUGGGCGUCGCCAUGAUGGCCUUUAUGCACCUGUACAUGAAGUACACCAACCCGCUGCUCAUCCAGUCCAUCAUCCCUCUCAAGAGCGCGCUCGAAGGCAACCUGGCCAAGAUCUACCUGUACGGCCAGCCCGCCGUCGGCGACCUCAAGCGCCCCUUCAAGCAGGCUGCGGGCUUCAUGAGCGCCAUGCAGAGCGGCCAGGCCCAGAGCGACAAGAAGGCUGUCGAGGCUGCCGAGCGGGCCGGCCGCGGCGGUGUCAAGGAGGAGUAGAGAGGGCGCGUCGUCUAGGAGCUACGCGCAAGCUGGGCAUGUGGCUGAGCGCCGGCAGAGGGGUGGGACUUGGUGUAGUGUAUGAUAGUCCAUUGUCAACGACGCUUCGAUGCGCCUCUGGCCGUCGGCUCUGAAACAUCAAUCGUCUACUUUAGGGAGCAACGUGAAAUGAUACCCGAGUGCCGGGCACAUGAGACUUUGUCUGCCGACCUAAGAGCGUUUUGGAGCGGAACAAGGCAAGGCAAGCACUUAUAAACGAGCGCAAUCCCAUUUUGUAUUGUCUUGCCAGCUUUCGUGCCCCACGGGAUAUGGGUCAUCGAAUGACCAGUCUAGUCAACAAACUGCAAAACCCCCUCGCAACCCCCAAAGUGGUUUCGAACGAUGACCCGAAUCCACGGCCCACGGCCUCGUGAUCAAUGACGCAACAUUCCUAACCCUCCUACGCCGGACCAUCGCAGUCCUGGCCCUACAUCCGCCCCAACGCGCCGUCAGCCGUCCGGCCCUCCACACGUUUUUGCAAGCCGCCUCUGAGAGCGGUACCAUGACGCCGAGGAUGCGAGGUCAAGGCACAACGGGUAACGGUGCAAGAACAGACAAAAAACUCACCAUCUUGCGCUGAGUUGUACAGUAGCGGGUGCUGCCCGUGCCGCAGCAGUACUCCCUGGGUCCACAGGCCGCGGCGGCGGCGCAUACCUGGGCCGAGUACUAUGCGGGGGAAAAGAAAGUGUGAGAAAAGCAAGAACACUAGGGAGAAAAGAGGGGUGGAGGGGGUUGUUUGUUGCUGGUGCCGCUGCUGCUGCAAGCAACGCGUGUGCCUGCUGCUGCUGCGUCGCGUGCGGCAUAGUACUUACAACCGUGCCAUAUGUCCCAUAUGUCGAGCCUCGCCAGGCUGCCCCCAGGGCGGUGCCGGCGAGUGCGGCGAGGAGCAUGGUGGCGGCGAGGACCUUCAUGGCGACGUUGGGUGGGCUGAUAUAAAACUUGGACUGUGAAGAGUGGGAGGACGUCUGCUGGAUGUUGCCUUUCUGUUGUGAUUGCAAUGCUGGGGUUUCAGGCAAAUAAACCAACGGCGGCGCUGGGGGCGAAUUUAUACGCGGG